AAGUGGGAAUAAUGGUGGGGUCCUGAGUUUGCAGAGGAGAGGAGGAAUAAAAACGGUGUCACUCAUUCACACACUCUCUUCCGGGGCCAGACCAAACAAACGAAUACACAAACACCAACACCAACACCAACAUUGAUCUUUGUUCCACUGCCCUCUAAUCAAAGCUUGUGCUGUCUGUGUGUGAAAACAGGGAAACAUAGGCAAAAACAACAUGGACGCGGGUCAGAUGAAGAGACAGUGGGUGGACUACAUCAAAUCCCUGUUUGUGGAGGGCUUCCUGGAUGGUCAGUUUCUGCAACUUCAGCAGCUCCAAGAUGAGAACAACCCUGAGUUUGUGGUUGAAGUGGUGUCUCUCUUUUUUGAAGAUUCUGAGAGGCUUCUCAAAGAUCUCUCUUUUGCUCUAGAGCAGAAAGGUGUUGACUUCAAAAAAGUUGAUGCUCACGUUCAUCAGUUAAAGGGUAGCAGCUCAAGCAUUGGGGCACAAAGGGUAAAAAAUGCCUGCAUUGCUUUUCGCAACUUCUGUGAGGAACAGAACACAGACGCGUGCCUCAGGUGUCUGCAACAAGUGAAGCAAGAGUACUGCCUUGUCAAGAAUAAGCUUGAAACACUUAUCAGGCUUGAGCAACAGAUUGUGGCAGCUGGUGGAUCAAUCCCCAUGAUGGAACUGAGUUUCUAAGCAGAUGGAUUUGUAGAGAGGCUUCUAUUGUGAUCCUCUUCUCUGUUUUAUCCUUUUUUAUCUUAUGUCCCUAGUACAUGUAUGGAUUUUUAUGAGAAGAGAAGUUUUCAUCCAAUGUACCUUUUUCUUCACUAGAAAGCACUUCAUAAUUUGUAAUCUCUUGCAUACUUAUGAAGGUUGAUAGCACCUCUAAUGAAGUUGCUUCUUUUUCUCUAA